CUAGCUCUUCUUGAUGGAGCCAGGAGGGAGAUCUCCAUCCAGAUGUCAACAUUAGGAGGCACCUACAAAGUCUCACAGAUCAGUCUUAAAUCUGCUUCAGAGGCUCUGAGUGAUAAAAGUCAAUUUCCCUUUUUCCACCGGAUGAAUCCCAAAGAAGGGAUCCAGUACCCAGCAAUUGUCCACCUGCUCCUCCAUUUCAGAUGGACCCUGAUUGGCCUCUUUGCUUCAGACACAGAAAAUGGAGAGAAUUUCAUGAGGACUUUCCCUCCUAUGCUUGUCAGGAAUGGAAUUUGUGUUGUUAUAUCACAACUGUUCUCAACAACUGGAUACACAACAGCCCUCAGGGAUUCCCUCUCUAAGUGGAGACAAGUCAACGUCUUUGUUCACUUCAUAGAAAAUGUUUCCAUUUGGGAGAGAAUUCUUCCUUUCCAUGAAACAUUUGUGCGUCUGCCAGGACCCACUGAAGGGAACAUCUGGAUCCUCACAAAUUUUUUUGGAUAUACAAUGAACAAACAUAGACUUCUCAAAUACAUCCAUAGUAUUUGGAACUUUGGUUAUCUGCCAAAAAAAAGGCCAAAGGAUUCUGCCUUUGAACCCCAUUUCUUUGUGGAAAAAGAGUUUCAAGAACCUUAUUUCCGCUGUUCUCUUUCAAAGAACGUCUUUUCUGUCAAAGGCCGCAGAAGAUGCAUCCAGAAAGCCCCACUGGAGACCCAGAAGAAAAGGAACAGGAUCCAGAUCCCAAGUCACUACCAUGAUUACAGUUUCAUGAAGACUCUGGCCCAGGCCUUGAAUGCCGCUUAUUCCUCCAGAUCGAGGAGGAGGAGAAGGAAGGAGGGAGAAAAGAGUUUGGGGUCUCCAAGGCUGCAGCCGUGGCAGUCUCUGUCUCAGUCCAAAUGUGUGGAAAAUUGUCGUCCUGGAUUUGUCAAGAGGGCUCGAGAAGGAGAGCCAGUUUGCUGCUAUGACUGCAUUCCUUGUCCGGAGGGGACCUUCUCCACUCAGGAAGAUAUGGAAAAAUGCACCAAGUGUCCAGAUGAUAAAUACCCAAAUGAAGCCAGAGUCCAAUGUAUCCCCAAAAUUAUAACCUUCUUGUCUUAUGAGGAACAACUGGGCAUUAUCCUGGUCUCUUUUGCCCUACUCUUCUUCCUAAACUCAGGCCUUGUUUUAAUAGUAUUCAUUAAAUACCGAGAAACUCCCCUUGUCAAAGCCAACAACCGGGACCUCUCCUACAUCCUCCUGGUCUCCCUCCUGCUUUGCUUCUUGUCUCCUUCUCUCUUCAUUGGUCAACCAAGGAAAGCUGCCUGUCUUCUCCGACAAACGGUUUUUAGCAUCACCUUCUCAGUUGCCGUUUCUUCUCUCUUGGCCAAAACCAUCAUGGUGGUGCUGGCCUUCCUGGCCACAAAACCAGGAAACCGAGUGAAGAGAUGGUUAGGGAAGAGCUUGGCCAACUCUGUAAUCCUCUCUUGUUCUGCUGUCCAACUUGUCAUCUGCUCCAUCUGGCUGGGAGUUUCUGCCCCCUUCCCUGACUCUGACCUCCACUCCCAGCCUGGAGAGAUCAUCCUGCAAUGCAACGAAGGGGCCGUUGUCAUGUUCUACGUGACCCUCAGCUACAUGGGCUUCCUGGCUGCCAUCUGCUUCACGGUGGCUUUCCUGGCCAGGAACCUGCCUGGGGCCUUCAACGAAGCCAAGCUGAUCACCUUCAGCAUGCUGGUCUUCUGCAGUGUCUGGGUGACUUUUGUGCCCACCUACCUGAGCACCAAAGGGAAAUACAUGGUGGCUGUGCAGGUCUUCUCCAUCCUGGCCUCCAGUGCUGGUCUGCUGGGCUGCAUCUUCAUCCCCAAGUGCUACGUUAUCCUUCUGAGGCCAGACCUCAACACAAAAGAGCAGCUCACAGCCAGAACUAAUGUAAAAACCUGAGAUAUAACACAAAUGUUAUAUUGAAAGAAUUGUUAAAAGUUUCUUUUAUUUGAAAGGAGAUAUUCUUUCCAUUUAGAUAGUAGGCAUGAAUCAAAGAAAAUCAUAUGUAUAUGUUUCAAAUUUGGAAAUGAUUGAAUCCUUCACAAAGGAGCAGCUUACAGCCAGAAGAAAUGUGUAAAUGUGAGACUGAGGAGUUUCAACUUUUAACAUUUUCCACAGUCCAAACAUAGAAAAUGGUCCAAGCUGCUCUGCAUGUAUGAGUGAGCCAACUAUUUUUCGUGAAAUAAAUAAAGGGUGUGUGGAAGAUUAUGAGGAGACAAAUUUCUUGGAGAAAGGAGAGCAUGUUAGCAAGACAGAAAUAUAGAAGGAAUGUAUAGAGCAAUGUUGAUGCCCUCAUUUCUCAGUACAUUUCACCCAAACUGCUGUGGCAACGUAACUGAGAUAUUUCUUUUUGUUUACACAAUAAUUCUUUCUUGAGGGUAGCAACAAUACAAGGCUGGGGUGGUAACUUGAGUCUUGCUAAUUCUGAAUAUUCAUGCUUACAUCAUCUAUUAAAUGAAAUAUGAAUAUG